AUGGCACAGGCGAUCAAGAGCGCUCUGCCUACCCACCUCAAGGCACACCUCGGUGAUGGUAGCGAGGAGACUGGCCGUCACCACGGCAAGACCCGAUCCCACAUGGCCUUUGAGAACACCUCGACAAACAUUGCCGCCGCACAGAUGCGCAAUGCCUUGACCGAUCUCGCCCAGACCGUCAGUGACCCCGAGGAGAAGAAGCUGUUCGAGACUGAGAUGGACAACUUCUUCUCGCUGUUCAGACGCUACCUGAACGACAAGGCAAAGGGCAACCAAGUCGACUGGGAUCGCAUUGCCCCUCCUGCUCAGGGCCAGGUUGUUGACUACGAGGACCUUGCCAACUCAGAGUCUGUUGGUUUCCUCAACAAGCUCGCUGUUCUCAAGCUCAACGGUGGUCUUGGAACCUCCAUGGGCUGCGUCGGUCCCAAGUCCGUCAUCGAGGUCCGUGAUGGCAUGUCCUUCUUGGAUCUUUCCGUCCGUCAGGUCGAGUACCUGAACAGAACCUAUGGUACCAACGUACCCUUCCUGUUGAUGAACUCGUUCAACACCAACGAUGACACCGCCGCCAUCAUCAAGAAGUACGAGGGUCACAACGUCGACAUCUUGACCUUCAACCAGUCCAGAUACCCCAGAAUUCUGAAGGACUCUCUUCUGCCCGCUCCCAAGAGCUUCGACUCGGCCAUUUCUGACUGGUACCCUCCCGGACACGGUGACGUUUUCGAGUCUUUGUACAACUCUGGAAUCCUCGACAAGCUCAUUGAGCGUGGUAUCGAGAUCAUCUUCCUUUCCAACGUUGACAACCUGGGCGCUGUUGUCGAUCUGCGCAUCCUGCAGCACAUGGUUGAGACCAAGGCCGAGUACAUCAUGGAGUUGACCAACAAGACCAAGGCCGACGUCAAGGGUGGUACCAUUAUUGACUAUGAGGGUUCCGUCCGCCUGCUCGAGAUUGCUCAGGUGCCCAAGGAGCACGUCAACGAGUUCAAGUCGAUCAAGAAGUUCAAGUACUUCAACACCAACAACAUCUGGAUGAACGUUCAAGCCAUUAAGCGUGUUGUUGAGAAUGACGAGCUUGAGAUGGAGAUCAUUCCCAACGGCAAGACCAUUCCUGGCGACAAGAAGGGCGAGUCCGACGUCUCUGUUCUCCAGCUGGAAACUGCUGUUGGUGCUGCCAUUCGCCACUUCAAGAACGCACACGGUGUUAACGUGCCCCGUCGCCGAUUCUUGCCCGUCAAGACUUGCUCUGACCUGCUCCUCGUCAAGUCUGACCUGUACGCCCUGAAGCACGGUCAGCUGCAAAUGAGCGCCAGCCGUUUCGGUGACGCUCCUCUCAUCAAGCUCGGUAGCGACUUCAAGAAGGUCUCCGACUUUGCCAAGCACAUCCCCUCUAUCCCCAAGAUUGUCGAGCUCGACCACCUUACCAUUACUGGUAACGUCAACCUGGGCCGUGGCGUCGUUCUGAAGGGCACCGUUAUUAUCGUGGCAACGGAAGGCUCUACCAUUGACAUUCCUCCGGGAUCUAUCCUCGAGAACGUGGUUGUCCAGGGUAGCUUGCGUCUGCUUGAGCAUUAA